AAUGCUUUCCAGUUGACUGACUACGGUACUAGCGUACUUUCCAGACGGUAACAUUUCUAUUAUAUUCCACCAUGGACGACCCUGUGUAUACCGAUCCAGAGCUCCCAACGACACCUCUGCAGCGCGAAUGUGUCGAUUUGUUCAAGUCCAAACAGUACAAGAGCUGCGAAGUAGCAGCUCGAAUGGAACUUGCCAAGGCGGAGCAAGAAGGACGGGAUCCACGGUUGGCGUGGGCUCUCAUGGCCGAUUGUGCCCAUGCCACCCAACAAUACAGACGGGCUGUUUCCUUUUAUCGUCGCAUGAAGUCACACACGUAUCGAUGGAAAGAAGCUCAGUGUCUUCAGGCGCUGGGAAAUGUAGUAGAGGCAUCGGCUGUACUCGAAAUGGUACCCAAGACGGCCCGAUCUCUGGAAAUGAACAUGACGCUGGGAAACUUAUAUCUGGCUUCGGGGCGGAAUGAUACAGCCAUUGAAUCCUUUUUGGAAAGUCUGGUGCAGAAUCCAUAUGUCUUGGAAGCUGUGGAAUGGCUGGCCACUCUGGGAGCCGACAAAUCACAAGUAUUGGAAGCCAUCAAUCGAGGGUUUGUCGCUCGCAAUGCCUCUUUGCAGGAUAAUGCCUUGCUGCCUUUGGUGGAUAUGGUCAAUGCACAUUUUGCCAAACAUCGACACCAAACAGCCAAUGCUCUACAGCAAUUCGUUGCUUUGGAACGGACCUUUCCAAAUAAUGUCUAUUUGUUACUACGAAUUGCUACCCUCCAGCAUCAAAUGAAUGAUGAGGAAGGGGCCGCCAGGACGUUCGCCAGAGUGAGACAGUUGGAAGACACCAAUGUCGAGUGUAUGGAUCAAUACGGUCAAAUUUUGGCACGCAAAAAUGCCCAAGAUGAAUUAAACCAGUUGGCCUCCAACUUGUUGGAUGUGGAUGACAAACGACCCGAAGCUUGGGCUACUCUGGCCUUGUACCAUGAGAGUCGCAAUGAUCAUGAAAAGGCCCUGGCAUUUGUGGAAAAAGCCAUUAGCAUGGACCAACGACACGCCUUUGCUCAUCGCUUGCGGGGUGCCAUUCUUUUAGCCGACAAUCGCCCGGAUCAUGCGGCAGUCUCCUUUUUUAGAUCCAACGAAGUGGCUCCCGAUGUCACGAGUUAUGAGGGCCUUGUAGAUUCGUACCUGGCUGCUGGCAAGUACAAGGAGGCCAUUUGUGCUGCGAAGGAAGCCAUUUCGGCAGCACCCCGAGACCCUCGAGCCAUUACAUUGGUCGGGUUGGCUCUGGCACAAGGACAGCUGCGGAGUCCGGAUGGAGAAGAAGGCAUGGCCAAAGCCAAGCGAGCACUACGGAAAGCGCUCAUGUUGGAUCCAAGCUCGUUGCGGCCUCUCAUGGCAUUGGUGACAAUUUACCAGCAAGAAAAGGAUUACGAAACUUGUAUUCAGUUGCUCCAACAGGGUAUUGAGGGAUUGACCAAUGCCCAGAGUAGCCUCCAGGGACAGGAUGUAUUGCAGAGUCGGUUGGGGCAAAUCUAUGUGUUGGCGGACAAUUACACCGAUGCAAUCCACUCCUUUCAUACGGCUCUUUCCAUGAAUCCAAUGAAUACAGAAGCUCAGAGGGCGCUGGAACGGCUGGAGAAAACCAUGAGAGGGGACAAUGCCAAUGAUCCAGACGAUGAGGUCGUGCAUGACGCUCCGUCCACCGACAGUGCCCAGAGUUAUCGAGGAGGAAGUCCUACGUACUGA